AUGAAUAAUGCAUUCCCUUUUCUGAAAAUAAAAACGCGAGACACUCCUACCCACGCCAUUUUCAACUCUUUCUCUCUCACACAUACACACCAUAAACACACAGUGACGACAACAUUCAGCAGGGCCCUUUCUCUUUCUCUCGCUCUCAAAAAGCCUGCCAUUUUUCCAAAAGUAUUUUCAAAACAGAUAUGUAGUAAACAAUUAUACAUUGAAACAGGAGUCGGUGAGAGUUCUUCGCCGCCUCGGAGUUUUGGAAGUUUUAGCGGUAAUGAAAUAGUGAAUGAUGUGUAUAAUCGGUUAGUGGAGAUUGGCAACGAAGAGGCUAUUAAUCAUCCUGAAUUUCGGGAUCAGUUGGAAGCUCACUUCAACCGGUUUCCUGCGAGUUAUGCACUGGAUAUCAACUUGGAUAGAGUUGAAGAUGUGCUGCUACAUCAAAAGCUUCUUGUAUUGGCAAAGGAUCCUAACUUUUGGACUAGAGCAGAUGUUGAUGACUGUGAGCAACAAGAAUCAACACCAACAGAUGCUAGUGACAGGGAUCAAGAGGUGGGUUUUGAACCUUGCUCUCAACUUGAGGACCUAAAUUUGGAGGUCGGAAGAAAUUCUGCUGAUAAGGAGGAGGGGGAGAACCUAGGAGAGUCUUCCAGAAGAGUGGAUGUUCCAGAUAUGCCAAUUCAUGAAGUCAUAUUUUCUGCUAUCGACAAGCCUAAGCUCCUCAGUCAGCUUUCAGCUUUGCUUUCCGACAUAGAGCUCAACAUCCGUGAAGCACAUGUGUUUUCAACAAUCGAUGGCUAUUCUUUGGAUGUAUUUGUGGUAGAUGGAUGGCCUUUUCAGGAAUCAAUUGCUUUACACGAAGCCAUGGAGAAAGCAAUUUCUAGAAGCGAGGGUUCAUGGUCUGGUUCUUCUUCAGAUUCUAUAUCAGCUGUACAGAAAGCUUUAGCCACUGAAGCCCAUUUUGGCGAUGCAGAAAUAGACAGAGCAUCAUUGAAGAUUGGAGAAAAGAUUGCAUCUGGAUCUUGUGGAGAUUUAUUCCAUGGAGAGUACCUUGGUGAGCAUGUUGCUGUCAAGAUUCUUAGAUCUGAACAUUUAAAUGAUGAAACAUUGGGGAAUGAAUUCGCUCAUGAAGUAGCCAUGCUCAGGGAGGUUCAGCAUGCCAAUGUUGUUCAUUUUAUUGGUGCAUGCAUGAAGAAACCUCCUUUGUGCAUAAUAACAGAAUACAUGCCUGGAGGGAGCCUUUAUGAGUACUUACAUAAAAACCAUAAGAUGUUGAAGGUUUCAGAGAUAGUGAAGUUUGCUAUAGAUGUCUGCAAAGGAAUGGAGUACUUGCACAGCAGCAACAUAAUUCAUAGGGAUCUCAAGACUGCAAAUUUGCUCAUGGACACUCAAGAUGUUGUGAAGGUGGCAGAUUUUGGGGUUGCCCGGUUUCUAAGUCAAGGGGGAGUUAUGACAGCAGAGACUGGAACAUACAGAUGGAUGGCUCCUGAGGUUAUAAAUCAUCAACAAUAUGAUGAAAAGGUGGAUGUUUUCAGUUUUGCGAUUGUUUUAUGGGAGCUUGUGACAGGCAAGGUUCCUUAUGAGAAGAUGACACCAUUGCAAGCAGCUUUGGGAGUAAGACAGGGCCUUCGACCAGAUGUUCCGACAGAUACACACCCACAGCUGAAGGAGUUGAUGCAGAGAUGUUGGGACUUUGAUCCCCGUAAUCGCCUUUCCUUCUCUCAAAUCCGACUUCAACUUGAAGGCUUACUCCUGGAAAUUCAGGAUGAAGCCAAAACACCAAAUGGCAUUGGCAGCUAGACAUAAGACAUUUGAGUGAGUGGCUACUAAUUUGUAUAUAUGUGGGUGGGGGUUAAUUAGAUCCAUCGUAUUUACACUCCCACCACCCUAUAAAGUAUAAACAACUUUAUCUAUACUCUAUACUCUAUAGGAGAGGAGAUGAAACUUAAUUACGUGACCCAAAAUUAGUAAUUAGUGUACAUAAUGUAGUCAUCAUGUGUGUUUGGAUUAAAAAAAAAAAAGACCAAGACAAGC